AAAAUGAGGUCGAAGCCCCUGCUACAGUUACUGCUGCUGCUCGUCCUGCCUAGGAGCCUGGGGGCGAAGGGGUGUUCCUCUCCGCCAUGCGAGUGCCACCAGGAGGAUGACUUCAGGGUCACCUGCAAAGAUAUCUACCGCAUCCCCAGGCUGCCGUCCAGCACGCAAACCCUGAAACUUUCAGAGACUCACCUAAGAACCAUUCCCAGUCACGCAUUCUCAAAUCUGCCCAAUAUUUCCAGAAUCUACUUAUCCAUAGAUGCAACUCUGCAGCGGCUGGAGUCACGGUCCUUCUACAACCUGAGCAAGAUGACCCACAUAGAAAUUCGGAAUACCAGAAGCUUGACUUACAUAGACCCGGAUGCCCUCAAAAAGCUCCCGCUCCUAAAGUUCCUUGGCAUUUUCAACACUGGACUUAACAUAUUUCCUGACCUGACCCAAGUCUAUUCUACUGAUGUAUUCUUCAUACUUGAAAUCACGGACAACCCUUACAUGACUUCAAUACCUGUAAAUGCUUUUCAGGGACUGUGCAAUGAAACCUUGACCCUGAAACUGUACAACAAUGGCUUUACAUCAAUCCAAGGACACGCUUUCAAUGGAACAAAGCUGGAUGCCGUUUACCUAAACAAGAAUAAGUAUCUAGCAGUUAUUGACAAAGAUGCAUUUGGAGGAGUAUACAGUGGACCAACCUUGUUGGAUGUGUCUCACACCAGUGUUACUGCGCUGCCCUCCAAAGGUCUGCAGCACCUGAAGGAACUGAUAGCGAGGAACACGUGGACUCUGAAGAAGCUCCCACUCUCCCUGAGUUUCCUACACCUCACCCGGGCCGACCUUUCUUACCCGAGCCACUGCUGUGCUUUUAAGAAUCAGAAGAAAAUCAGAGGAAUCCUUGAGUCCUUGAUGUGUAAUGAGAGCAGCAUCCGGAGCCUGCGUCAGAGAAAAUCUGUGAAUACCUUGAAUGGUCCAGCCUACCAAGAUUAUGAAGAGGAUUCCCGGCACAACAAUGUUGGGUACAAAGAAAACCCCAAUUUCCAGGAUAUCCGCAGCAACUCACACUACUACGUCUUUUUUGAAGAGCAAGAGGAUGAAAACAUUGGUUUUGGCCAGGAGCUCAAAAAUCCCCAAGAGGAGACUCUCCUGGCCUUUGACAGCCAUUAUGACUACACUGUCUGUGGGGACAAUGAAGACAUGGUGUGUACCCCUAAAUCGGACGAGUUCAACCCCUGUGAAGACAUCAUGGGCUACAAAUUCCUGAGAAUUGUGGUUUGGUUUGUCAGUCUCCUGGCUCUCCUGGGCAAUGUCUUUGUCCUGUUCAUCCUCCUAACUAGCCACUACAAACUGACCGUGCCACGUUUUCUCAUGUGCAACUUGGCCUUCGCUGAUUUCUGCAUGGGGAUCUAUUUGCUGCUCAUUGCCUCUGUAGACCUCUACACCCACUCUGAGUACUACAACCACGCUAUUGACUGGCAGACAGGCCCUGGGUGCAACACAGCUGGUUUCUUUACCGUCUUUGCCAGUGAGCUGUCAGUGUACACACUGACGGUCAUUACCCUGGAGCGCUGGCACGCCAUCACCUUUGCUAUGCGCCUGGACCGGAAGAUACGCCUCAGGCAUGCAUAUGCCAUCAUGAUUGGGGGCUGGAUCUCUUGCUUCCUUCUCGCCCUCCUGCCUUUGGUGGGAAUAAGCAGCUAUGCCAAGGUCAGCAUCUGCCUUCCCAUGGACACCGAGACCCCUCUUGCUCUGGCAUACAUUGUCCUCGUUCUGUUGCUCAACAUCAUCGCCUUUGUCAUUGUGUGCUCCUGCUACGUGAAGAUCUACAUUACAGUGAGAAACCCACACUACAACCCUGGGGACAAAGAUACCAAAAUUGCAAAGAGGAUGGCUGUGUUGAUCUUCACUGACUUCAUGUGCAUGGCCCCAAUCUCAUUCUAUGCACUGUCGGCACUUAUGAACAAACCUCUCAUCACUGUCACCAACUCCAAAAUCUUGCUGGUUCUCUUCUACCCCCUGAACUCCUGUGCCAAUCCGUUUCUCUAUGCUAUUUUCACCAAGGCAUUCCAGAGGGACGUGUUCAUCUUGCUCAGCAAGUUUGGCAUCUGCAAGCGUCAGGCUCAAGCACACCAGGGCCAGAGAGCUUCUCCAAAGAACAGCGCUGGGGUCCAGAUUCACAAGGCCACCCAGGACACGAGGCAAGGUCUUCCCCAUCAGCAGGACGUCUAUGAACUACUUGAAAACUCCCACCUUACUCCCAAUAAACAAUGCCAAGUCUCAGAAGAGUAUAAGCAAACUGUUUUGUAGGAUUGAUUCUAUAGCACUCACAA